AGUCCUAGUGAGUGCUAUUUUAAACUAGGCAAAAGGCAGUGUGUAACUAAAGCUGGCCCUUAAAGAGCCUAGCAGUGAAGCUUCAAGGAAAAUAAUUAACAAAGAUGUCUGACUUAUCUGGGAAGGUUCAGACUGUUCUAGGCCCUCUUGACCCAAAAAAACUUGGCCGCACCUUAACUCAUGAACACUUAACAAUGAACUUUGACUUUGUCUAUUAUCCACCUCCUCCUGAACAGGAAGACCAUUCUGAGGAGCCCAUUACUAUGAAUAGAUUAUACUGGCUCAAGCAAAACCCCUACAGUCACAGAGAGAACCUAAGACUCUGCCAGGAGCUUGAAGCUGUAAAAGAUGAGCUGUUACUUUUUAAGAAAAAUGGGGGCAGUACCAUAGUGGAAAAUACUAUCACAGGUAUUAGCAGAGAUGUUAAAGCCUUGAAGAAACUGUCUGAAGAGACUGGAGUCAACAUAGUCUCUGGAGCAGGUUUUUAUGUGGAUCAAACACACUCUCCUGAGAUUCGUAAUAUGCCCGUGGAAAAGCUUACUGAAAUUAUUAUUAAUGAAGUAAUUACUGGAGUUGAUGGCACAGAUAUUAAAUGCGGGGUAAUUGGAGAGAUCGGCUGCUCAUGGCCUUUGACUGAGAGUGAGAAAAAGGUUCUUCAGGCAGCAGCUCAUGCACAGACGCAGCUUGGCUGUCCAUUGAUCAUCCAUCCUGGCAGAAACCCAGAUGCUCCAGGCCAAAUUGUUCGACUGCUUCAGGAAGCAGGGGCUGAUAUUAGAAAGACUGUCAUGUCUCAUCUUGAUAGGACUAUAUUUGAAAAGGAUAAGAUGCUGGAGUUUGCUAAACUUGGAAGCUACUUGGAAUAUGAUCUGUUUGGAACUGAGAUGUUAAAUUACCAUUUCCGGCCAGAAGUUGACAUGCCAAGUGAUGUCGAAAGAAUAAAAGGGAUUUGUAUGCUGAUUAACGAGGGCUAUGAAGACAGGAUUGUAAUUGCCCAUGACAUUCACACUAAGAACAGGCUGUUGAAGUAUGGAGGACAUGGUUAUUCUCACAUUCUUAUAAACAUAGUCCCUAAAAUGCUGACCAGGGGCAUUUCUCAAGCUGUUGUUGACAAAAUAUUAAUAGAUAAUCCAAAGAAAUGGUUGACAUUUAAGUAAAUCAUGCUAGAGUUAUAGUAGCCUUAGAAACCAAGGAUUAAUUCUUUGAGAUCAUGCAUUUGUUAGCAGCAUUUAAUGUAUACAUAUGUUCAUGUGAUAAUACAUUUAUACUAAAAGCUUUUUUUUCUGCACCCCUUUUUUCUACAUUUUAAAGCUAUAGCCUGUAUAUGAUUGUUUUAUUGUUUAUUUGCUUGUCCAAAAGCUAAACAGCUAUUCUUUUUCAGACCAGUUUUCAGGCAAAAUACCACAGAAGGGUUAAGGCUAUGAGUUGCUACCAAUAACCUUCUCUGUUUAGUCCUGGGUCUGAUCCAUUGGUCUCUAAUUGUUUACUUACUGCAUGAUUCUAAAAAAAAAUACUUAACCAGUAUGUCCUCCUGGGUCACUCCUGUAAAAUAUUUUUGUGCGUCAUGGACUUACCAUGCUGAUAAAUUUUAAAAAAUGAGCAGCAGUGAUUUGCUUCUUUUGACUGAUGUUGACAACAGAGGGCAGCAGAUGUAUUCUCUUCAUUCGCUUUGAUGUCUGAUUGUUGAACUUUUAUUUUUAUUUGCAUUUUUGUUCAGGAUGGUACAGCAUGAAUCUUUAUACUCAGGCCAGGAGUGCUAUCUGCUUAAGUGACCUGGUCAGAGUAACACAGGCAGUGCAGGCUGAGGGAACUAAACCCUGGACCACAGGAAAUGGCUCAUUAGCAGCUGCACCAACUGACAGACUUUCACAAGUCAUAGAGGAUUCUGACCUUUUAUCUCUGUUUUGUGGAAUAACUUGUACUGAAUUAUGUAUUAUGCCACAGUUCUGUUCAUAUGUAACAGGUAUGGAUAUGAGACAGUGCAAAACCAAUAGAGGAAGGACGCAAUAACCUUAGGACCUAAACUGUAGUUAUUCAAACCCUCCGGUCCCCUAAUGCCCCAGUGUGUUAUAUUUCAUAGUCCUAUUAUAUCAGAAAUUUCCAUGGUGUCACGCUUUUCAUUGUAAAGUAGUGCUUUCCCAUUAAAAAAAACUUAAAUCUUCUAAAAGAAAAACCAAUAUGCUGAACAAUCAGUCACAAUUUGCAUCAAAAAUAAUUUAAUAGAUUAAAUACUUUCAUCUCAUGCAUCCCAUGAGACAUAAUCAAAGUAUAAAUUCCAGUCCAUUGUCAUGCACUUUUAAUACAAUCAAAACUCAAAUUUUCCACUGUCAGUCAUUCAGGUGUGACCUCUUCUCUCAUCCUUCCCUUCUACAUAACAUAACCUACUCGUUCACCUAAUAAUCCUGUUUACCUAGGCUACUUCCCUCCAUCUUUUACCCCUCUGUACUAAACAAGACCUUAGUUAAUGAUCAAUGGCCACAGUUCAGUCAAUCCAUUCCCUAUAUCAACUUGUCUCUCUUCCACUGCACCCUUCUUAGUUACUUAUAUGGUCUUAAGAUAAAGCAUAAAGAUCCAUACUUGUUCUUUUUUUUUUUUUCUCAAUUUUUUUUUUAUGUUUCAAAUACUUUUCAAUUAAUUCCAUAGUAUUUAUACAUCUCUUAAAUAACUAUGUACACUAUUUGUUCGCCUGACACUAUAACAUAUCUUGGUGUAUACAGUUACUUAUAAGUGUGUCCAAUCCAUCUUCAGAGUGUCUGAUCAGUUAUUGUAUAGUGUCAAUCAAUGGUAAGACUUUUCCCCAAGGGUUGUUGAUAAAUGUCUUUGGAUAAAUUCUUAAUUCUUUAUAUGCUUGUUGUUCUGAGUACAAAUUUACCAGGGUUUUGUGCAUGGUAAAAACACGGCCUUGUUAUUGGAAUCAGUGUCACUUGUUGUUUUUCAGUGAUCUGUUUGUUUUAUUCUCUGCUUUCAUGCAUAGAGAUGAGCAGGUUCAUUAUAAUAUGGUAGUCAGUACUUUCCUUCAGCUUAUUUUGUAUCCACCCAUCCCCUAUUGCCAGCAGUCUACCUGUCACUGUGGGGUUCUUCAAUUGGGUUUUAUAUUGCAUUUCUUCUUGUUGACCGAUAUCUGUGACUUCAAAGAUCAUUCCCACAACAAACAUAAAUCUGUCAUCCUUAACAAUCCACCACUGGCCCACUUUUGCACCAUUAGCAAAUAACUUCAUUUUGUUUUCCAAGUCAUUAAUUGUGUUUGCAAUCUAAAUACCAUAUAGUACUGUACACAGCACAGAAUAUUGUGGUAACUUCCUGCUGCAAGCCUGAUAAUCAAAUAAAUUCAUCCUAUCACCACAAUUUACUGCUUCAUGUAAAUUCAUCUGGACAAAGCAUGAAAUAAUUGGGUCAAAGGGCCAAAAUCAGGACAGUUUAUUUACUACAACAGCAAAUUUUAUAUCAACAAACAUUUUCUAAACAAUAAUUAAUAUGAAAAUGUAAUGUUUUAUGUUAUUUACUGACUAAUCCUUGGUUAUUUACCAGAAAUUCAAAACUUUUACAAAGUUCAGGGCAAAAAUGUACGGCAAAAUCAAGGACAUUCUGCAAAAUUCUGUACACUACAGAGAUAUGUUGCUUAAAUCAACCUACCCAUCAUUUCAUAUACAGUAUGAUUUUUUUGUCUAGUCUUAUGUGAAGAAGUGAUAUAGAAACUUACAGUAAAUAAUAAUAAUGUACACAUAUGACUCAUUUGAAAGUACUUACUACACUGUGAGUUGUAACCUUAGUUGGCAUUUACUUCUGUAUUUUGUCACAGUUUCUCUGAAAAGAAUGUUUUGUCAAAGAUAUCACUAGAAUAAAAUGUACUGUAAGUGCUUAUUGAUUUAAUCAGUUAUAUUUAGAAAGAGCGUGAUAUGUAAUAUUCAGAGUAUAAUGAGCAUUGCUUUUUAUUCUUCAUCUGUCAUAUUGUAGCCUCAUCAUUUUUACUCAUUAAUAAAGAGUUUCCUGUUUAUCACUGA